AUGGCAGCGGAAGCCUCGGCGGUAUCGCGAUGCUUCAUCUGCCUGGGUGACGCAGGCGAGGAGGGCGACAUAUCUGACUGGGUGCACCCAUGCCCGUGCUCGCUCGAAGCCCAUCACGCGUGCUUGCUCCAAUGGGUCGACGAGUGCGAGCGCGAGAGCAAGCCCCUCAAGUGCCCCGUGUGCCAGGCGCCUAUACGCGUGGAGGGGGCAAAAGACCUUGCGGUUGAGCUGAGCGAUGCCAUCCGAAAUUUUGUCAACGGCGUGUCGCCCAUCGCGAUCGGCUCCAUGUUUGGUGGCGCUGUUAUGGCGGGGCAGGCCCUCUACGGCUUCCACGCCAUCCGAAUCUUUGCUGGGGAGGAGGCCGUCUUGAAUAUACUAGGGACGGGAAGUCUGAGAAAUCAUGUGCCGGCCUUGCUGGGUGUGCCGAUGAUUGCCCCCAGCUUGAUAUUCUAUCAACUCUUCCCCACGUUUACGACGGCGAUAAGCACUCCCUUCUCCAUCUUGCUCGCCUUUGCUUCUCUGCCUGCCUCGCCAUACAUCAAGCUCAAGGGCGAGCUUUUCGGCAGGGCCGAAGCGAGGACCGCGCCGCCGGAUGAUGGUGGCAUGGGCGGUGGGCUACGCGAAAUCAUAAACAAUCUCGCAGAUAACCUCGGCGGGGGCGAGGACCUUCAGGCCAACGAAAGGGUGGAGGUGUGGUUCGACGAGGGCGCGGAUGGAAAUGAGGCUGAGCUGAUCAUCGACAUCAUAGAAGAGGUGACAGACGAUGAAGAGGGGGAUGCCGAGGAGGGCAUGCCGAGAGACGAAGGGGAAUGGGUUUCCGAUGAAGAUGAACCAGCAGCAGAAGAAGAAAGGGAAGGUGAACCGCGCCCGCCCGCCCUGCUCCUGCCCCUCAGCCAGAGCCGCGACGCAAUCCAGGAGGUGUAA